CCGCAACCUUUUAGAUACCGCUUACUGCUUCCUUCAUCACAACAUCGUUCUUUGCCCCAUCCGUCGACUUUGAUUCCCCUCACACCGACUUCUUCCUCAUCGUUUUCCUCGAAUCAAGAGCAGCACGGCGACCUCGACACCGACGACCCUAACCGCCAGCUAACUGCUGCCGUUCUACAUCAGGUGCAUCAAGACCUUGUACAUAUCAUCAUCGGUCCAGCUGCAGCCACGAACAAUGACAACCCAACCCUGUCCGAAUCCAAGUCUAAACUAUAUCAAUAUGGUCGGACGAAAAUUUUUUUCCGUUCACGCGUUCUAGCGAUCUUGGAGGGACUUCGUCUCCGGGCUGAAAGAGAGCGUGAAGAAAGGGAAAAUGCCGCUGCAAUAUCAAUACAAAGGGCGUUGCGUGGGAUGGUUGGGAGGAGGACAGUGGCCCGUUUAAGAUCAGAAAGGGAGAGGGAACGUGUAGAAGAAGAGGCAAGACGGGAGAGGGAACGUGCAGAGAAGGAGGUGAGGGAGCGGGAGCAGUCUAUGCCGGAGGAAAAGGCGGAAGGUUCAGCAAAUUCAAAGCCUCCUUCUACACCAGUAAAAACUAAGUCGAAACCCGAACAUCCUAAUUUUCAGGCUCAAGCCAAACGUACUGAACGCACCCGAGCUAAGACUCCUACCACCCCCGGGGAAAAAUUAGGGAGGCAUUCUCGUCCGACUACUCCAUCUGUGGCCUCGACCCCUACCUCCAGAUAUCAAAACGGGAAUGGAAUCAAUGGGCUCGGAAAUUUCACGAAUAACAGUCUCAGUGGCCCCCAAUUCGAACUUCCCCAUUUCCAUCCAGACGAUUCUCGUUAUACAGAUAUUGAGAGAUGUGCAGCGUGUAGGGCUAAAGCUGAGGCGGUGAGUCGGCAGCGAGAUGUGCGCAUCGGGAGGCUGAGCUCGCCACACACUCUGCCGAAGUCAAGGUCCAAUCUCGAUUUACGUGGAAGUUCUCAGUCUAUCGAGCAGCACGGCCAUGAUCACGAUCAUGAUCACGAUCACAGUCAUCGAGGACGUAUCCCGACUACGGAGACCAAAGCUCACAUACAUCACGGACAGACGGGUGGUCUUACUGUUCCUCCAUCGACCUCGACACCUAGGAAGGGGUUCAGGUCGAAGUCCAUCGAACCCCGCCAGGAUGCUAUGAAAGCAAUGACAAGCACACGUCCAACAACACCAAGCAAGCUCAGGAAACUUCACCCAACCGCGAUGUUAAGGACGGCUAGAUCGUUCACGAAGAGUCAUUCACAUGCGAAUUCGAAAGAGAAUGGUUCUGGACGUGCUUUGGCGAAAGACUAUGCAGCUCAUAUAGCCAUGAGAGCAGAACCAGAACCAGUGCCGGACUUGAAAAUUUAUAAACAGUUCAUGGGGAAGAAACCAACGCCGUUGUAGUUGUUAUGCCUUCUCACGACCGUAGGAUUUGUUACCUUCUAGCACGAACAUUCACUUCACCUUAUCAUUUUCAUUGUAUGAUAUGAUUGAUUCACUGCAUUUACGUUGAUUUACUAAUUCUUAAUUGCCACCCCAGUACUAGUAGGGUACCUCAUUUGCAUAGGUUUUGGAUAUUUUUUCUUGCUGUGUAUGGAUGCUAUCUCAGUCUGCAGUUUACUACUAGUUUCGUUUUGAACCCGCACUAAUUCACUUCUU